UCGACGCACGGCGGCGCGUGCUUUGUCAGAACGAUCGAUGCUAAAUGCUAGAAGCUAGCUUUUGUUUUGAUUGAGCAUCGCAGGGUUUCUUUUUAGCGCUACUAAAAAAGAGGCCGCUCUUUGAAACACUUGCACGAUGAGUGGCGGAGUGUAUGGAGGCGAUGAGGUGGGAGCUCUGGUGUUUGACAUUGGUUCGUAUUCUGUAAGAGCCGGCUAUGCGGGAGAAGAUUGUCCCAAGGCCGACUUCCCAACAGUGAUAGGUGUUACUAUUGACCGGGAUGAUGGCAGUACGCCCAUGGAGACAGAUGGCGACAAGGGCAAGCAGAGCGGCACCACCUACUACAUCGAUACCAAUCAGCUGAGGGUUCCGAGGGAGAACAUGGAGGUUAUGUCUCCCCUAAAAAAUGGCAUGAUUGAGGACUGGGACAGUUUCCAGGCCAUUUUGGAUCACACCUAUAAGAUGCAUUUCAAGUCUGAACCCAGCCUGCAUCCUGUGCUCAUGUCAGAAGCAUCGUGGAACACGCGAGCAAAACGAGAGAAGCUUACAGAGUUGAUGUUUGAGCAUUACAACAUUCCUGCCUUCUUCCUGUGUAAAUCAGCAGUACUGUCUGCCUUUGCCAAUGGACGGUCUACAGGUCUGGUGUUGGACAGCGGGGCCACACACACAACAGCAAUUCCAGUACAUGAUGGUUAUGUCCUUCAACAAGGCAUUGUAAAAUCACCUCUGGCUGGUGAUUUCAUGAGCAUGCAGUGUAGGGAACUGUUCCAAGAGUUAAACGUGGAGAUAAUCCCUCCCUAUAUGAUUGCCUCAAAGGAUGCAGUGCGGGAGGGAGCCCCAGCCUGCUGGAAGAAAAAGGAGAAACUACCUCAAGUGACUCGGUCCUGGCACAACUACAUGUGUAAUUGUGUAAUUCAGGAUUUCCAGGCAUCUGUCCUGCAGGUUUCAGACUCUCCAUACGAUGAACAAGUUGCUGCUCAGAUGCCUACGGUGCACUAUGAGCUCCCUAACGGCUACAACUGUGACUUUGGUGCAGAGAGACUGAAGAUCCCAGAAGGGCUGUUUGAUCCCUCUAAUGCUAAGGGCCUUUCCGGAAACACCAUGUUAGGAGUUGGCCAUGUGGUGACGACCAGCGUAGGAAUGUGUGACAUCGACAUUCGACCUGGUCUGUAUGGCAGUGUGGUGGUAACGGGAGGAAACACACUCAUUCAGGGCUUUACUGACCGACUGAACAGAGAACUUUCACAGAAAACUCCUCCAAGUAUGAGGCUGAAGCUGAUUGCCAACAACACUACGGUGGAACGCCGCUUCAGUGCAUGGAUAGGAGGCUCCAUCCUGGCAUCACUUGGAACUUUCCAGCAAAUGUGGAUUUCUAAACAGGAGUAUGAGGAAGGAGGAAAGCAGUGUGUGGACAGAAAGUGUCCUUAAUGUGACAUCCAGCCUCAGCUUUUCUGUUCCAUCUCCUUUACUAGGUUAACAUUGUGAGGCAUUCACCUCUGACCCAGACUCAGGAACGCUCAACUCUUAUUUUCUAUUUGUUUCUUAGAGUUGGUCACCUGUCAGGAUCUCAAAGAAAAACAUCAACUCCUCAAAGAUCUUUUUUUUUUUAGAUUAAAAACAGACUGUUGCCUUAUCUGUUACCUGUUGAUGGAAAUGAUGCAGUGAUACGUUGUUUAUAAUUACAUUUAGAGGAAAGUCAGAAACACUUGUGCAGGAUCACAGCAGGAAACUAAAAGGGUAAGACCAUAAGUGAUAAAAGGAUUUUAAUCUGGAGGAAGCAUCAUAUAACUUGAUGUGAAUGUCUUCUGUUUAUUUUGUACAAUUGGUAAAUUUGAGAGCAUUUGCCCCUGGUUAGUCAUAUUUCAACUAAGAUCUGUAUUUAAUUCAUUUUUUACUUGUCAUUGGCUUCAUAUGAUCUUUGAAAAAUAAAGUCAUUUUUGUUAUGGUUACAUGUA